AUGACGCAGCGCGGCGACGGAAUGACGCACCGCGGUAACUGAGAGACGAGGCGGCGGUUGGCAACGAUGGCGGGAAAUUCGAGCAACGGGGUGCUGGAGAGGCUGCGGCAGCUGGAAGGCAGCGUUGAGCAGGGGGUGGCGGAGCAGGAACGGGCCGAGCGGAGCCACGGGCGGCUGCAGCAGCUCCAGGCCACUGUGCGGCAGCUGCGGGCCGCCCGGGACCGACUGAGGAGCGCCGUCAGUACCGGGGCCGCUGGGGACAUGCAGGAGCUGCUGGUGCAGUUGGGAUCGGGCUCCGUCCGGCGGCCAGGCCAGGAGGAGCUUGCUGCUGCUGUGCUGAGGGAGAAGCUGGCUCCACUCCAAGGGUUUGCCCAGGUCUACCGCCUGACAGGGAUCAGCAGUGAGCUGCGAGACUCCAGCACCAUGAGCGUCUGCAUCCACACUGCGUACGACGGCACCUACCUGGACUCCUACCAGCUGGACAUGCGGCUGCAACAGCCACGCAAGCUGCUGCGCCACAACCUGCCUGCCUGCAUCCCCCUGCAGCAGUCGGCUGGAGAGCUGCUGCAGCGCGACCUGCCGGCGUUCCUGGAGGCUGUGCACGGCAUGCUGAACGCCUACGUCAGCCGGCGAUACCAGCUGCAGCAGAUGCAAGAACACUAUGACUGGACCAGCCAGAUUCGGAAGAACACGGCGUACAACCUGCUGAGGUUCCACUACUCCGUGGAGGACGGGGAGACGGAUAAGGACAUUCGGGUGAAGCUGGUCUACGAGGAUCUCAACAGCUGCCUUCCCACCGGAGUCACCAUCACCUGCACAGGAGCGGCGGAGGAGGGCCUGCAGGAGAAACUGGAGCGUCACCGGCAGUUGCUCCUGAGCCAGCACCUGCACCGGGCACUGGAAAGCAUCAAGGACCAAGACACGUUACUCUAGUGUCUGCCAGCCCGGGGCAGUACCAAGCUCAGUAAUGGAGGGGCAGGGGUGAGGGAGCACCGCACUGUGGA